UGACCUCCCCAUGUGUCCCAAGUAUUUCUUUCUAGCUUAAUUUUCUUUUCUUUUCUUUUCUUUUCCUUUCUUUUAUUAAUUUUAUUUUAAUUUUAAUUUUAAUUUUAUUUGUUAGUCCAAAUUAAUAUAGAUCUGUAAUAUCUACAAUUUGAUAACUAUACAGUACUUUCGCAGUGUACAUGUUCAAGCGAACAAUCGCAACAAACACGUCUGACCGACAAGCAAUCAACUUGCAUUACUAGACAGCAACAGCGUGCAACAGAUCAAAUAACCCCACGUUCGCACUAAGUCGAUCGUAUAUUUAUUCAGUCAGUCAGUAGACAACAUACACCAAGUAACCAACCACUGACCAACUAUUUCAUAGGUCUCUGCUCAUAGGUUACCAUGUCCAUACGACCUCCACCACAAGAUUUCAUCAAUAGAUUAAGUCAAGAAGCAAAUGAGAUAGAUCUCGAUAUUAACAAGUCCUUCUCAUUUGGUGGUCCAUUACCCAAAACAUCGUCCAAUGAACAACGAGUAACGAAUCCAUUUAUUUCAAAUGCAGGGCCUUCUCCUUAUGGUAACAGUGUACCGUCUCUGUCACCUUCAAGAUCUCCAUCUCCAGGUUCAUUAUCAUCUUCUUCAAUGGUGACUACGCUUCUAACAAGCUUUCCGUUGUUAUUGGCCUAUCCUACAAUAAUAUUAUCAUCAUACCUUGCCAUUAGUUCUUCUUCACACCUGUAUUAUAUUCCUACCACUAUUUUUACCCUGGUGGUCUUGUCUUCAUCAUUUUUAUUAUUAUUCAAAAUAAUUAUUCAUUUUAAUCUAGUUAAAAUAGCGGCUGUUACCAAUCCAGCCCAACUCAUUCCUACAAAGAGAACUUCUAUUCCUUCAACGUUAGUGGCCAUUGUUAGUCUUUCGCUCAUAACUUUAUCAUCAUUAUUUAUUUCUACUCAAAGAGUCACGAUUCUAUCAUUCAGCUUGUAUUUAAACCAAUGGAGCUUAUAUACCCCACUUGCUUUGAUAUUCGAUAUCUAUAAUGAUCCUUCUCAAUCGAUCUAUAUACUUAUAGGUUAUAGUUUGAUUCUUGUGGGUUGUCAUCUCUUUGCCAAUCAUAGUCAUUUAUCAUUGUUGAAUACAAAACUUCUCAUCCCUAUACUUUUUACUUCAGUUGUCGGUCUUAUAAUAUUAAGUCCAGAAAUCAGUUAUAGUAUGAUUUUUGUUAACAUUGCUGCUUCAAUCAUAUUAAUCAUCAGCUUUCAAGAAUCACCGUCAUUCAAAUUAUCUAUCAUACCUAUAUUAAUGGCCAUAAUGACAGUAAUUCUCGAAUAUGUGGUUUUAUCUAGUCGUCCAACUAUACUCACCUGUAUUAAUAUAUUGCUCCCGAUAGUAAUUAAUCCAGACAGAUCUCGUGAUAUAGCUGCAUUAAAAGAUGUGAAAUCUUCAACAUCAUCAACAACUUCGAUAAUAAAAAAAUUAUUAUCUCAUUCGGAUACCAGAGCUAUUUUCCAAUUCUUAUUGUUAAACACAAUCUUCAUGUUUGUUCAACUUCUUUAUUCAUUCCGUUCCAAGUCUCUCGGAUUAUUAUCAGACUCCUUACAUAUGGCUCUAGAUUGUCUCUCGCUUGCCAUUGGUUUAAUUGCAGGUAUCCUAUCUAAGAAUGAAAUCAAUAUUAAUGGGAAAUAUCCCUUCGGUCUCAAGAAUUUCGAAAUAUUAGCUGGAUUCACCAAUGGAACUUUAUUAGUUGGUAUCAGUGGCAGUAUUUUAUUUGAAGCUGUAGGAAGAUUGUAUAAUCCUAUUGUAUUACAGAAGACCAAUGAAUUAAUUAUUGUUUCCGUUUUAGGUCUUAUUGUCAAUUUAGUAGGGAUAGUAGCCUUUAACCAUGGUCAUGUUCAUGGUGAUCAUAGUCAUGGUCAUAGUCAUAAUCAUGGUCAUUCCCAUUCCCAUGCCCAUUCUGAUGAGCAUGAACACGAACAUAAACAUGAACAUGAACAUUCACACAAUAUUGCCACCCAUAAGGAAGAUUCCCACAAUCAUGAAAUGAACGAUAACAUGAAGGGAAUCUUUUUACAUAUUUUAGCUGAUACACUUGGAUCUGUUGGUGUUGUUAUUUCGACUUUAUUAACCAAAUACUUUGGCUGGAAUGGUUUUGAUCCUAUUGCCUCGAUUAUUAUUGCCUCGUUGAUUCUACUUUCUGCCAUGCCAUUGAUUCAAUCAACAGCAUCAACUUUAUUAUUAAAGUUAUCCCAUGAUAAAGAAGAUAAAGUGAGAUCAUCACUUGUAGAGAUUUCGAAAAUUAAGGGUAUAAAAUCAUUUACAACGCCUAGAUUCUGGCCGGGAUCUUCUAGCUCAGUAGAUGGAUAUAUUCACAUUCAAAUCUAUCGAGGAGAAAACGCCACCUACAUCAAAAAGAAUUGUGAGAAAGUAUUUGAAUCUGAAGGAAUCAAUGCAAUGAUCCAGAUUGAAAAUGACUAUGAUGUAUGUUGGUGUAAGAAAUAGAAAUAGAGUUAGAGAUAUAAAUAGAAUUAAGAGUAGCUUAGUUGCAAAAAGUGACCAUAGUUACAAAACAAAUGGAUAUUUUACACGACUUUUUUUAUACCCAUAGUAAUUUUUUUUCUUACUAUUUGUAAUGAUCAUCGAGGAGU